AUGCAGCAGGGAGGCUACGGCGGCUACGACCAACAGCAAGGCGGCUACGGCCAGCAACAGUACGACCAGCAACAAUACGCUCAGCAGGAAGGCUAUAACCAGCAACAAGGAGGGUAUGAUCAGCAGCAGUAUGGUCAACAGAGCGGCUACGACCAGCCUGGCCAGCAGCAACAAGGAGGAUACGAUCAGUAUGGCCAGCAGGGUGGCUACCAGACCGGAAUGCAGCCCCAGGAAUGGGAUUUCCACGCCAUGGAGGCCAAGGACGGCGUGCGCUUCUCGUGGAACUCGUGGCCCUGCACCAAGCUGGAGCAGACGCGAUGCGUUAUGCCCACAGGCUGUCUGUACCAGCCACUGAAGCCUAUUGACGGCAUGCCCCCCGCUGUAGAGUACGAUCCUAUCCACUGCAAGGCCUGCGCCGCUGUGCUCAACCCCUUCUGCCAGGUGGACUUUGUCUCGAAGCUGUGGGUGUGCCCGUUCUGCGUGACGCGCAACCAUUUCCCGCCGCACUACGCGGAGAACAUCACGCAGGAGAAUCUGCCAGCUGAGCUCAUUCCGCAGUACACGACGCUCGAGUAUGAGCUGCAGAACCGCCAGGCUGGACCCCCCGUCUUCGUCUUCUGCAUCGACACGUGCGUCCCCGAGGAGGAACUCGAGGAGCUCAAGGACUCCAUCCAGCAGACACUCAAUCAACUUCCGCCUGACGCGCUCAUCGGUCUCGUUACCUUCGGCACCAUGGUGCACGUGCACGAGCUAGACUUCCCGGAGGUGCCCAAGUCGCACGUCUUCCGUGGCAACAAGGACUUCACAGCGCAGCAAGUGUACGACAUGUUGGGUCUGGCUGCGACACGCAAGCAACAGCAACAGCAGAUGCCGGGCCAACCCCAGCAACCUCAGCAGCAGACGAGCAACUCGGCUCGUUUCCUACUUCCGGUGUUCGAGUGUGGCUUCACGCUCGAGUCCAUCCUGGAAGAUCUCCAGCGUGAUCCGUGGCCUGUGGCUGCUGACCAGCGCCCGCAGCGAUGCACGGGUGUAGCCAUGUCGGUGUGUGUCGGACUGUUGGAGGCGACGUUCCGUGGCCAGGGUGCUCGCAUCAUGAUGUUUGUCGGUGGCCCCCCUACGGUAGGCCCGGGUGCUAUCGUCAGCCGCGACCGCAAGGAGGAUAUCCGCUCGCACACUGAUCUGCAGAAGGACAAAGCUCCUCUGACCAAGAAAGCUCUGGUACAUUACAACGACCUGGCUGCCCGCUGUGUGGCUUCGAGUCACGUGGUGGAUAUCUUUGCAUGUGCUCUCGAUCAGAGUGGCGUGAUGGAGAUGGCAGCAUGCGUGCAGAAGACUGGCGGUGUGAUCGUGCUUGCUGAUUCUUUCGGCCAGUCUGUCUUCCGUGAGUCAUUCCGACGCAUGUUCAGCAAGUUCUCGGACGAAGCAGCGGAUUGUGAUAAGGACCAGCUCACGAUGGCCUUUGCAGCCUCGGUGGAAGUGUUGACGAGCCGCGAGUUCAAGGUGGCCGGUGCUAUUGGUCCUUGCGCGCCUCUGAAGCGCCAAGGAGCAGCCCCCAAGAACGUGUCCGAGGUUGAGAUUGGCGUCGGUGGCACCAACGCCUGGUCGAUGGGCGGCAUUGAUCCCAACACCACUGUAGCCAUUUACUUUGAUAUUGCCAACCAGACUCCGCUGGCGCCGGGCAAGGCGCGCUACAUCCAGCUGAUCACGCGCUAUCAGCACGCUAGCGGGCGUUACCGUACGCGCGUGACCACAAUUUGCGGUCCUUGGACUGUAGACCCGAACGACACCGCUACACUGGGCCGUGGCUUUGAUCAAGAGGCCGCCGCUGUGUUGCUAGCGCGUAUUGCCGUGCAUCGCUCGGAUCAGGGUGAGGAGCAGCUUGACAUCAUGCGCUGGAUCGAUCGGUCACUCAUCCGUCUGGCCGCCCGCUUUGCUGACUACCGCAAGGAUGAUCCUUCCUCGUUCCGUCUUUCGCCUGAGUUCGCUAUCUUCCCGCAGUUCAUGUUCCACUUGCGUCGUUCGCAGUUCUUGACUGUGUUUGGUUACUCGCCCGAUGAGAGUGCGUACUACCGUCACUGUCUGCUGCGUGAGAGCACGACGAACUCACUGGUGAUGAUUCAACCGUCGCUGCUCUCGUAUUCGUUCAAUGGCCCGCCCGUGCCGGCGCUGCUGGACGCUGCAAGCGUUCGGUCCGACACGAUCCUGCUGCUAGACUCGUUCUUCUACGUUGUAGUCUUCCACGGUGACACCAUCGCCGCGUGGCGUGACCAGAAGUUCCACGAAGACCCCGCACACGAGAAUUUUAAGAACUUGCUGGAGGCUCCGCAGGCUGACGCACAGCUUAUCAUGGAUUCUCGCUUCCCGGUUCCUCGGUACGUGGUGUGCGACCAGCACAAGUCGCAGUCGCGUUUCCUGAUGGCGAAACUCAACCCGAGCGUCACGCAUAACAGCAUGGAUGGCCAGGGUGAGGUCAUCUUCACGGACGACGUGAGUCUGAAGGUGUUCAUGGAACACUUGAUGAACCUGGCUGUUAAAUCGUAG